AUGAGCCAGACCCCCGCCGUCCUCGAACACCACGAUGAGCUGAGCAUCCUCGACGAGCUCGGCCUCUCCGAUGACAACAAGGCGCACAUCCGUCUAAAGACGCUCCUUACCGACCACGCCGAAGAGAACGUCGCAGCGCUCGCUGAGCAUAUCCAGGGGCGCCUGGCCGAGGGCCAUGGGGAGGCUCUGUUCGAUGUUGGCCUGGAAGACAGCGGUGACUCCAUGGGCUUCAAUGAGGAGCAGUGGAAGUUUGCCUUGGAGAGGAUACAAGUUGCCUGCGAGAAGAUCAAAGCCGACUAUAAGAUGCUCAUGACGCGGAACGUUGGUGGUGACGUCGAAGUCGGACCUCGCAAUGCGAAGGAGCUUGGCUUAAGCGGCAAGAUGAUCUUGCGACAACAGCCGCAGAGUGUCGACGAUGUGAUAGAGACGCGGAUAGCGGUUGUAGGAAAUGGUGAGUGUCUCCCGGCGCAAUUGAGAAUAUACACUGACAAUUGA